AGUCUCCCCUUCCCGGCAACCCCCAGUGGACCAGUGGUCCCAGCCUCUGUCCUUGGAAGCCCUCAGGGCUGGCAUUCAGUAGCUAGAGUCACUGGCUUUGGAACCCGUGUGUGGGGUUACAUCCCAGUGCCGCCACUUACGGACUGGCCGGCCCCAAGGCAAGUUCCCCACAUGCUCUGAGCCUCAGGUUCCUUGUCUGUAGAAUGGGGAUAGAGAUGCACCUGCUUCACGGGGCUCUUGUGAGGAAUAAAUCAGCUAAGGCACAUCAAAGACAUCAUAGCACAGCGCCUGGCAUCCAUGAAAUGAGACUUGUCACCGUCACAUCAUCAUGAGCCUGGACCAGGGCGGGCUGCGUGGAAGCGGCUGGUGGGGGAAGACGAGAUGGCCUGCGGCCGUGUGGGCUCAUGUUUAUGAAGCACGGCCUUCGCCGGUAGGGCGCAAGGCACGUCUGUGUCCUUAUUUCGUGUGUCGUCACGCUCGCGGAGGGCCAUGCUCCCAAGGCCUUUGAUGGCAGACGUGUGGGAAGUGGGCCCCAUCCCCACCCCCACUGCCACCCUGCUUUGCGUCUCUUCGCUCUGCUCUAAAACGAGAAGUACAGUGAGUUCCCCCAAGGGGUCGGCCGCGCCCCUUCCUGUCCCCGCCCUGCCGGCUGCCCCCGGCCAGUGGAGUGGCAGCCCCAGCACCAGGACCGCCAGGGCUGUGAGGCGGCCUGGUAGCCCCAGAGUUCUCGGUCCGCCCGGACUGCCCCGCACACCUCCUCCCCUGCACCCUCUUCCCCUCAGGGAGCCCCCAGGAUGGUGAGGUGGUUUCACCGAGACCUCAGCGGGCUGGACGCGGAGACCCUGCUCAAGGGCCGCGGCGUCCAUGGGAGCUUCUUGGCUCGGCCCAGUCGCAAGAACCAGGGUGACUUCUCCCUCUCCGUCAGGGUGGGGGAUCAGGUGACCCAUAUUCGGAUCCAGAACUCGGGCGAUUUCUAUGACCUGUAUGGAGGCGAGAAGUUUGCGACGCUGACAGAGCUCGUGGAGUACUACACACAGCAGCAGGGCGUCCUGCAGGAUCGAGAUGGCACCAUCAUCCACCUCAAGUACCCGCUGAACUGUUCCGACCCCACCAGUGAGAGGUGGUACCAUGGUCACAUGUCUGGGGGGCAGGCAGAGACACUGCUGCAGGCCAAGGGUGAGCCCUGGACAUUUCUGGUGCGUGAGAGUCUCAGCCAGCCUGGAGAUUUUGUGCUGUCCGUGCUCAGCGACCAGCCCAAGGCUGGCCCAGGCUCCCCGCUCAGAGUCACUCAUAUCAAGGUCAUGUGUGAGGGUGGACGCUACACCGUGGGUGGUUCAGAGACCUUUGACAGCCUCACAGACCUGGUGGAGCAUUUCAAGAAGACAGGGAUCGAGGAGGCCUCGGGUGCAUUCGUCUACCUGCGGCAGCCAUACUAUGCCACUCGGGUGAAUGCAGCUGACAUUGAGAAUCGGGUCUUGGAACUCAACAAGAAGCAGGAGUCGGAGGACACAGCCAAAGCCGGCUUCUGGGAGGAGUUUGAGAGUCUGCAGAAGCAGGAGGUAAAGAACUUGCACCAGCGUCUGGAAGGGCAGCGGCCAGAGAAUAAGAGCAAGAACCGUUACAAGAACAUUCUCCCGUUUGACCAUACCCGAGUGAUCCUGCAGGGACGCGACAGUAACAUCCCUGGGUCCGACUACAUCAACGCCAACUACGUCAAGAACCAGCUGCUAGGCCCCGAUGAGAACACUAAGACCUACAUUGCCAGCCAGGGCUGCCUGGAGGCCACAGUCAACGACUUCUGGCAGAUGGCAUGGCAGGAGAACACCCGCGUCAUCGUCAUGACCACCCGAGAGGUGGAGAAAGGCCGGAACAAGUGUGUCCCAUACUGGCCGGAGGUGGGCACGCAGCGCGUCUACGGACCCUACGUGGUAACCAAUUGCAGGGAGCACGACACAGCGGAGUACAAGCUCCGUACCUUACAGGUCUCCCCGCUGGAGAAUGGGGACCUGGUUCGAGAGAUCUGGCACUACCAGUACCUGAGCUGGCCUGACCAUGGGGUCCCCAGUGAGCCUGGGGGUGUCCUCAGCUUCCUGGACCAGAUCAACCAGCGGCAGGAAAGUCUGCCUCACGCGGGACCCAUCAUUGUGCACUGCAGCGCAGGCAUUGGCCGCACGGGCACCAUCAUCGUCAUCGACAUGCUCAUGGAGAGCAUCUCCACCAAGGGGUUGGACUGUGACAUCGACAUCCAGAAGACGAUCCAGAUGGUGCGGGCGCAGCGCUCGGGCAUGGUGCAGACGGAGGCGCAGUACAAGUUCAUCUAUGUGGCCAUUGCCCAGUUCAUCGAAACCACCAAGAAGAAGCUGGAGGUCAUGCAGUCCCAGAAGGGCCGGGAGUCAGAGUACGGGAACAUCACCUACCCCCCAGCCAUGAAGAACGCCCAUGCCAAGGCCUCCCGCACCUCUUCCAAACACAAGGAGGAUGUAUAUGAGAACUUGCACAGUAAGAACAAGAAGGAGGAGAAGAUGAAGAAGCAGCGGUCGGCGGACAAGGAGAAGAGCAAGGGUUCCCUUAAGAGGAAGUGAGCCAGGCCUCAGGCCUGAUCCCUGCAGAGGCCUCCCGUGGACCAACCCACAGCCGGAACCUGGGAGCCCGCCCCCAUUCUAUUGUAAUUUAAAUGGCUGCGUCCCUACUUCCCUCUUCCUGACCCUGUAUAUAGCCCAGCAAGGCCCCAGGCAGUGCCGGGGCCCUUUAUUCUUGUAAAUAAAGCCCUUA